AUGAAGUUUGGCCAUCUCUUUUCUGCCCUGGCGUUAUACACCAGCGGAGGUUGUGCGCGCAAGAAUCUCACUCCGCAACGAGUGGCCGAUGAUGUAAAGGCAAGCGACCUAGACGAUACCCUUCAGAACCUAUAUCAAAUUGCUCUAGAUAAUGGCGGCAAUCGAGCCUUUGGUCUUCCGGGCUACAACGCUUCCCUUGACUUUGUUCUCAGUCACCUGCGCCGCGGCAAUCACUUCGACAUUACGGUUCAGCCAUUCACCCACCCUUUCUCCCACUUUCGCAAGAUCUCUUUAACCGGCUCCGAUGGAGAAAAUGUCGCCGUGGUCUCGCUGCAAUAUAACCAUGCCACACCCCUCCCCGGUGGUGUUACUGCUCCUUUGGUAUUGGUUCCCAUCGACGAUACACGCGGCUCUGGCUGUUUCGAAGACCAAUGGAAAGAUAUUGAUGUCAAGGGGAAGAUUGCCUUGAUCAAGCGUGGAAAAUGCCAAUUCCCUAAUAAGCUCAAGCUAGCCAAGGCCAAUGGUGCCGCAGCUGCUAUUGUCUUCAACGAUGAUCCCAAGCAGACAGCAGGCUCGGGCUCUCUGGGCGCCGAGAAUGUUGGUAAACUUGCGCCUGCUGGUGUCAUUACGUAUGACAUUGGCACUGCUUGGGCCAAACGUCUUCAGGAUGGUGAAAAGCUUGAGAUCAAUUUAACCAUUGAUGUCUCUGUCGAGAAGCGUGAGACUUGGCAAAUUAUCGCGGAUACUAAGGAGGGUGACGCUGACAACAUCGUCAUGUUGGGCGCUCAUCUUGAUUCUAUUCAAGAAGGUCCUGGUAUCAAUGACAACGGAAGCGGUGUUGCCGCCCUACUUAGUAUCGCCCGGUCGAUCAAGAAGUACAAGAACUUCAAAAACAAACUCCGGUUUGCCUUUUGGGGCGCUGAAGAAAGUGGAAUGAUCGGAUCGACUCACUACGUGUCUAAUCUGUUGAAGGAGGAGGCUAGCAAGAUUCGAUUUUACUACAACUACGACAUGAUCGCCUCUCCAAAGCCUUAUUACAUCGUCUACGCUGACUCGGGUGCACACAAGGCUGGCGCCAAAUACCUUUUCGAAUUUCUAACAAAGGAGGGAUAUCCCGCCGAAUAUACACCCUUCGGAGCCUCAUCUGACUAUGUCGGCUUCCUUGCGUUGGGUAUCCCAUCCUCGGGGAUUUUCACCGGCGCGGGAGCCCCCCAGGAUGCCUGUUACCACACUGCUUGUGACGACAUCAAGAAUAUCAACAAGGAGGCAUUCUUAGUCAAUGCAAAGGCUGCUGGAUAUGCGGCCGCAAGUCUUGCUUUGGAUGUUGAUGGUGUGCCCAAGCAUGAAAAAUCAACCAUGAACCCGUUGAGCAAACGCGGUAUGGCGCGAAACAUGGCCCGAUGGGCGAAUGUUGCUCGAGGAGCAGAGAAGGUGCAUAGUUGCGGUGGCGAGAAGAAGAUCUUGAUGUAA